AAAAAAUAUUGUUCUAAGAAAUACCCGUCUUCAUCAGGGAGAAACACCCCACCAGUCUACAUAGACACCUGCCGAGGACUGAAACCAUGGGAGGAGUAAAACAGGAGCAAAGUGAUGGCGCACCACAAGCCAAAGGCCCACAUUCAUCUGAUCCCACCCAAGAAGAGGUGAGGAUUUGCCCAGCUCGUGAAGGGCCUAAAAAGAGGGGCUGGCCAAAGGGGAAGAAGAGAAAGAAGGUGCUCCCCAAUGGCCCCAAGGCACCGGUGACAGGAUACGUGAGGUUUCUUAAUGAACGUCGAGAACAGAUGCGUGCCCAAUACCCCGACUUGCCUUUCCCAGAAAUAACCAAGCGACUUGGCGCAGAGUGGAGUCGGUUAGCCCCUAAUGACAAACAGCGCUACCUGGACGAGGCAGAGCGUGAGAAGGUGCAGUAUGCACGGGAGCUUAAGGAAUACCAGCAGAGUGAGGCCUUCCAGAUUACCAGUGCUAAGAUACAGGACAAGAAGGUCAAGAAAGAGGACUCUGCAUCAGUCAUUAUCAAUGCAAGUUCAGGGUCAGCUUUACAAAAGGCUCCUGACCUGUCCAGCAGAUUUGAUAUCCCCAUCUUCACAGAGGAGUUCCUGGAUCAGAACAAAGCACGAGAAGCUGAACUGCGGCGGCUGCGAAAGGCCAAUAUUGAAUUUGAGGAGCAGAAUGCAGUGCUGCAAAGGCACAUUAAGGACAUGUACAGUGCUAAGGAGAGACUGGAGGUGGAACUGGGGCAGGAUGAGCUCCGCACCCAUGCUCUCCACAAGCACUUACUGGCCAUCAAGCACACACUUGUCAACAGUCUUUCAUCAGUUGCUCUCCCAGGUACAGGUGAAACCCCAUCAUUAGGGAACUUAGACUCAUACCUGAGCCGUCUUAGUGGAGUGCUUGAGAGCAACCCCGAUAAGCACCGUGCCUUGUUCACCCAGCUCCGUGAGGUUCUCUCUCAUCUAGACAGUGAGAAGCUGUAAGUCAUUCCAGCUGGAGUCCAUCCGUUCCUGCAUCAGUUGGACAGGUGACAGUCUCUGUGGCAUCAAAUCAGUGCCAUUCAACAAGGAAGAUGAAUACAAAGAAAUCAAAAUACCAUGCACAUGGCAUGAGUCUGGCCAUAUUGUACAUCUGCUCAUGUGGAAUGUUUUUAAUCUUUCAGUGUUGUGAUUGUAAGCUUGUGUGGCAAUGCUGGGACAAUGGCAAUUCAGGGAGAAAUGCUCAAUUUAAUUUACCUUCUUAUAGACCUGUAUUCCCUCCUCAGCCUAUUCAUUUGGCUUACUAUUGGCUGUUCAAACUGGCCUCAGCCAUACCUCUAUGGUCUGUGCAAUGAGAGUGAACUAAUCGUCACUUUACUGUACAUCUGUUAUCCUCGACCACGUGUCAUGCAGUAGCUGGUGUAGUGUUCAUUUAAUUUUUUUUAAAAUUUCAUUUCUUAUUUUUUAAUUUCAUUUACACAUAUGACAUUUAAAAAAAAAUACAAUAUAUAAUUUGAAAGAAAAUGUGAAGCAGAAUUACCUAAAAACCCUCCAGGGGCUUGAAAAGUGGCAUUCUCCAGGCGGCAUACUACAGGAACCAAUUAUAGCAAUUUUCAUGUAUAAAUUUGUAUGUAUAAAUCGAUAAUUCCAGACAUGGCAAGAGACGGCGACACGGUUGAGCACAGCACCCGACAACAAUGCAUCCCAUAAACACCCCCAUGUUGCACAAGUACAAUGAAUCAGUCAUAGUCACAACACACACACACAUACACACCACUCAAUUCAUGAUACAUACAAGUAUACACAAACACUAUCAUGAACAGACAAAGAACAUACACUCAUGUGAUAUGGCAUAGAGUUUUCAUAAGACAAGAUAAAGGAGAAAAUAAACAAUAUAUAUUUAUAUAUAAAAAAAGAAAAACAAGCGAAAUUCAUAACGGGCCUUUAGACUUGUAUGACAAAGGAAAAUGUUGGUUGGACCCAGCUUAUAUAGGCUGACCAUAUGGAAAAUGUUGGUUGGUUAGGAGCAGUGAUUUCAGGGCUCUUAAACUGCUGUGAAGACAAAUUAACUAACAAAAAGAAAAGAAAAUUGGGUUGGAAUAAAAACCUGCACACACUUGGCCCUCCAUGGCACAUGGUUGAGUAUCACAGCUAUAAAUGCUAUUUUGGGUGAAUUCAGACUUUUCAGUUGGCUACCUUGUUGUUUGAAAUAUGGAGGGAGAUGACCAGAAUGACUAAACAAACUGGAAAAGAUAAAAUAUUGAGUAUAUGAAUUUUUGUUUUUAAAGUUUAGGGUUGAUAAUGAUAGAUAGUAGAAUAGUAGAUGUGUUAUUUGUUAGUCAGAAUUUAAAAAUGUCAUAUUUGUAUGGUUCAUUGAAAUAUUGAAUCGAUUUAUUCUGCUUCCAUUCUCUAUUUGCAAUAAAACAAAAACUCAGUUUACAUACACUACCGUUCAAAAGUUUGGGAUCACCCAAACAAUUUUGUGUUU